UGAUUUGGAGUCAGGGAGGAAGAGACUGGACCGCACAACGCUUGUCAAGGCAAUUUUGAAUUCGUUUGUUUGAAUGAUAUUAAGUUAGAACCGCGCACAAUUGAAAGAAAUCCCCCUCCCAUUUUCGAAAGCGGAAACCAAUGAAUUAGGUUUGCUUACUUGCCACGUCUGUAGAAAAAAAAUCUUAGCUGAUUAUAGCAGCAGGAGAGCUAUCUAAACCACCUAACACAGGGUUAGGCUAAUUUGAAAACAUUUUACGAAAGUAGGUAAGACCUGUGUAAAAUUUAGUGCGUUAUUGAGUCACUGCUGUUAGGAGAAAGAACGUAUUUUCACGCCACUAAUCUACUACAAUCAACGUGUUCCCUUCUUGGUGGGGCGUUGCUGCUUUUUUUUUCUUCAUUUCAGGACAACUCGAGCUGAAGUCGAAGUUCGAAGAAACGUUUUAGAGAAGAAAAACUAACUAGGCUUAGCCUACGCUCGCAAACAAGACAAUGUCUGGAAACAACAGCAUCGACGCGGUUAAGCGAAAGAUUAAAGUUUUACAGCAACAGGCAGAUGAAGCCGAAGAAAGAGCAGAAAUUCUUCAGAGACAGGUCGAGGUGGACAAAACAUCAAGAGAACAGGCUGAGGCUGAGGUUGCUUCCCUGAACCGGCGUAUCCAGCUGGUUGAGGAGGAGUUGGACAGGGCCCAGGAGCGACUGGCCACUGCUCUGCAGAAACUGGAGGAGGCAGAGAAGGCUGCGGACGAAAGUGAGAGGGGCAUGAAGGUGAUUGAGAACCGGGCCCUGAAGGAUGAGGAGAAGAUGGAGCUACAGGAGAUCCAGCUGAAAGAGGCCAAGCACAUUGCUGAGGAGGCUGACCGCAAGUACGAGGAGGUGGCUCGUAAGCUGCUGAUCAUCGAGGGGGAUCACGAGCGCACAGAGGAGAGGGCAGAGCUUGCUGAGGCUAAAUGUGCUGAACUGGAGGAGGAGCUGAAAAACGUCACCAAUAACCUUAAGUCCCUGGAGGCCCAGGCGGAGAAGUACUCCCAGAAGGAGGACAAGUAUGAGGAAGAGAUUAAGAUCCUGACUGACAAGCUCAAAGAGGCUGAGACUCGUGCUGAGUUUGCUGAGAGGUCUGUGGCCAAGCUGGAAAAGACCAUCGAUGAUCUGGAAGAGAGACUGGCCAAUGCCAAGGAGGAGAACCUCAAGAUCCAUGCCACCCUGGACCAGACUUUGCAGGACCUCAACAGCUUCUAAGAACCCCCAGAUGGACUCUCCGAAUAACCACCUUCGUCCACUUAUCCUCUGCCGACCUUCGCUUUCCGCCUCUCUCUCGUUAAGUCUAAUUUCUCCCCGCUCUGCUGUAGUGGAGGGUGCCAAAACCACUAUUUACAAUGACACCUUUAUUCUCAACAACAUUGAUUGUUCUUGUUAAACUUUAGGUGUUCUUCAAUGUGACAUCUUGCGGAAGCUCUUGCCUUUAUCCAUUGGAAUGGUGUUUAAUAGGGGAACUCUGUUGUACUUGUGUGGUCUAUUCUAUCUUCUCCUUGCUUGUGUGGUCGAUUAUUCUAACUUCUCCUUGUUUGAAUGGUGCUAGCAUGACUGCCUUUUAAGGAUUUAUUGCCAAGUUAACAAGAACAUGGUUAGGCCACUCAUCCAUUAUAGCCCAUUAGAAAAAGGGGGAAACUGAGCAUUUUUUCUUUUUACCAGCCAUUUACUACAUCAGACUAUUUACUCCUGUCCUGCUGUUGUAUACUCUGGCCUGGUUCUUUUUUGUUCGCUAGCACCUUCCCCUAACUCUUAAACUCUGAAUGUUCACAGAUCUGAAAGGGGUAAACAAGAUGGAGUACGCUCCGCUUGGCCUAUCAGAGGGAUGGGCCAUUUCCACAUUGCUUAGGCCUAUGCAGUCCUUUCUGACUAGUUAACACCAAAAAGGGUUAGUGAAUAGGGUACAGAAUGUAACUAUCUUUCUGUCCUCCUAUAUCACUCCUUUUGCCUACUUUACACCAAUACGGGUUGGGACCAAAACCACAUUGGGUGGUGUUUUUCCUAUUCCUUAGGUAUUUGUUUGUGCCUGAUAUUUUUGUUUUAUCCCACUUAAACAAUAGCCACUAUCACAAGACAAUGCUGCACUUGUAUGACACUAAUUAUUUGGCUGCGUUUACAUAGGCAGCCCAAUUCUGUUUUUUCCACUAAUUGUUCAGAUCUUUUCAUAUUAGCUCUUUUUCCGAGCUGAUUGGUCAAAAUACAAAUGAGUGUGAAAAAUAUUAGGUUUGGACUGCCUGUAUCAACAUAGCCUUUUUAGUUUGACAGGUUUAUGGUGAAGUUCUUGGGUUAAAAAAAUCAAUGGCUAUCACCUUACCAGUACCAUGAAAAUUAUAGAAAAUGGGUGGGGGAUAUGAUCAGUGUGAUGCAAAACAGAUACAUUUUUAAUAGGGGAUUAAACUAAAACACCAAUAAUUAACUCAACGUUUUAACUGGAAACUCAAUGUGUAUAACCACUUUGUUUGUCUUGUUCCAUUGUAAUGACUUUUUGAUGUUGAAUAAAGACCAUGAUUUUUACUGUCAUACAAAA